CGGAUCAAGGCCACAACGGCUGAGGAACCCGUCUCCCAGCCACAGCUGGCGGCAGACCUCCCCGAACCACAGAAUGCGUCAAGGUACAGUUACCUCGAGACUGUCUUGGGUGCUCCUCUCCCUGAGUCUCAAGUUGAAAGUGUUCCUGCUAGUGCGUCCUUAUCUGCCUCGGCUCUGCCCGAGGUCGCCAGUGGCACCAUCCCUGCUGAGUCUCGGUCCGCCCAAUGGUCGGCCCCUGAGACGACUGAACCUCAGUUCCGUGAAUUUGUCUUGGGUCAGGACAGCUUGGAUAUGCCAGUGGUGUCGCACGCAUCGCCCAAUGGAGUCUUCUGCAUUGACUGCAACCACUGUGGCCGCUCCAUCCCGAACGAGCACUAUCACUGCAGCAUCUGUGACGACGGCGACUACGACUUGUGUCUCCAGUGUGUUGAGGCCGGUGUGGCUUGUCUCGAUGACGAACACUGGUUGAUCAAGCGGCUUGUCAAGGAUGGCCAGGUCACCAACAGCACCACUGAGACAGUUCAGCCCCGGAAGGCUCGUGAGGAGCCUGAACCAGAAGAGGAAGAAGAAGAGACCUUCGAAGAGUCCGUGCCAGAGCUGGUGUCUGAGGCUACUCCAGUGCCUCCUGUGGCUGCCCCCGAACUUCCCGAGAGCACUCAGGAACGCAUCUGCAAUGAUUGCCUGAAGGAACUCGAUGAAACCAAGAUGGUUUCCUGCGCUGACUGCGAUGAUUAUGAUAUCUGCAUCACUUGUCUUCUCAGAGACACACACGGUCAUCACCCCGCCCACACCUUCAAGCUGAUUCAUGAUCGUCAAUUCUGCUUGAAGAGCCUGGUGCAAUCUCGCUGCAAACCUGGACGCCACCAUCACCACGCUGCUAUCUGCGACGGUUGUGAAAAGCGUAUUAUUGGCGUCCGGCACAAGUGUCUGACCUGCCCAGACUGGGACUACUGCUCCGAGUGUCACCAGGAAGCAGCUCAAACCCAUCCGGGUCAUCGGUUUGCGCCGCUUUAUGACGCAAUCGCCGAGCCCCUGCAAAGCUAUGAGGUGCACUAUGGCAUCUACUGUGACGGCCCUCUGUGCAGGAACAGGCCAUGCCCUAGCUUCAUCACAGGAACUCGCUACAAGUGCUCUGUGUGUCACGACACGGAUUUCUGCGCCAAGUGUGAGGUGCACCCGACCAACACGCACAACCGUACUCAUCCCAUGGUCAUGCUGAAGACACCUGUGCACAACGUCUUCGUCAGCACUGUUCAAGAAGACCGUGGAGCUACUUGCGCCCUCGGCGACCGUGCCCAGAAAUCCACUUCUACCCAAGCCAGCGUUCCGGUCGAACCGGUUCAGGAGAAGUCCCAGCCGGAAGCAGAGCCUGUCCAGGAGCCUGCCCCGGUGGAACAGCCGACUCCCGUUGCACAGCAGCCGGUCCAGGUCGAACAGCCGACAUCAGCUGACCCGGCCUCCGGCUAUCAAGCCUUCUUCAUCCGGGACACUGUGCCGGACGACACCACGCUGCCGCCCAACACCGCUUUCCAGCAGACCUGGACCCUCUUCAACCCUGGCCCAUUGAGCUGGCCUGCCGGUACGGAUGUGCGGUUCGUCGGUGGCGAUUCGAUGUUCAACGUAAAUACCAGCCACCCAUUGAGCAUGGAUGCCAUCUCGGCUGCCAUGGAGAGCAACAAGCUCUCGGAGCCGCUUGAGCCAGGUCACAGUGCGGACUUUACUGUGACGCUCAGGACCCCGAGCCGCCAGGGCAGCGCCAUUUCGUACUGGCGGCUGAAGCUGCCCAACGGCAUGCCUUUUGGUCACCGGCUGUGGUGUGACGUGCGCGUGCGUGAUGACGUUCCGCCGCCCGCUGUGAGUGCACCGGAACCGGAGAUGGAGAAGACCAUCGAGUCUCAGCCUGAGGCCCAAUCUGAGCCCGCCGGAAGCCAGAUGAUCUUCCCCAAGCUGGCCAAGGAGUCUCCGGAGGCCAGCACACAUGAGGCCGCCACCACGGCUCCCAGCGCCCCGUCGGUGACGAAUGCAUCGGAGCAGGAUGUGUUUGAUGACAUGGAGAGUCUGACGCUAGGCGAGGACGAGACAGAUGCGGGUAUGCUGACGGACGAGGAGUACGACAUCUUGGACGCCAGUGACCAGGAAUAUCUGGAGGCCAAGUCUCAGCGCUGA